AUCGUGUUGCAAAAUAAACAAUCAGAAUCGGGGCCCGGCCGUGAGCAAAUUUGCUUUCUUAUUUUAUUACUUGUGUCAACAUUUUAGAUCGAUAUUAUCGGAUUAUUUACUCCCCUACGUUAUAUCAUGGUAUUUUGAUUCUUUUAUUGCGAACAUGGUGCUUCUACCGCCGUGCGUUCCGGAUACUUGUGGAAAAGAUUUCCGCAACUCGUUGCAUAAGCCGAGUCCGAACUAUCCUUAUGGCAGUACGAAGAGGAAACCUCGGGUCGUGCCCGCAUUCACGAUACAAGCGAUGCAGAAGAACACGAAGGUGAAACCGCCACCCAAGUGCGGUUUGUACGAUCCUCUACCUGUCAGACCGACCACGUUCCGAGGAUGCUAUAAAAGGGGCGAGUUCCCUCUGUCUAUUGAAUUCGUCGCGAGCGGGAAAAAGCUUUCUUGGAAGGUACCUAUAGAAAAAUUGGACUAUCAUCAUUACCUGCCGAUAUUCUUCGAAGGCCUCGCCGAAGCGGGUUACCCGUUCACCUUUAUAGUCGAGCAAGGUAUCCACGACCUUGUUACCAAGGGGUCUCACAAAGUCUUGCCUGUGGUGCCACAAAUUAUAAUACCUAUCAAAAAUGCGUUGGCGACGAAACGGCCCACGGUGCUAUGCCACGCGCUUCGCUGUCUGCAGAUGCUAGUCACGUACUGUGACCACGUGGGAGAGGCGCUCGUCCCCUACUAUCGCCAGAUAUUACCUAUACUCAGUUUAUUCAAGGACAAGAACAAUAACAUGGGUGCCGGAAUUGACAGUAGUACAUCACGCGGUGAGAAUGUUGGUGACUUGAUAGAAGAAACUCUUCAAUGCUUGGAACGUUACGGUGGUCCGGACGCAUUUAUAAAUAUUAAAUACAUGAUACCAACGUACGAAUCUUGUAUGCAAAAUUAAUAUAGACAUUUAGAUAUGU